CUGCGCAUUUUGUAAUUUUCUUCAUAUUUACAUUUUACUUGAGCGGCUACUGCUUUGAACAGCGCCUACACGAAUAGGGAAGGGUCCCAAUUAUUAUAGGCGAUAUCCGAUAGCUAUCCCUAACGAUAAUAUAGAUUUUAUCAAUAAAAUAAACCUUUCCUCACCAAUCAAUCAAACACAAUCGGUUUCGCUUUGCCUACUACUACUCGAACACAAAUUCACACGAUUGCUGACAGAAUAAGUCGAAAGCGGAUUCCAUACGUUUUUCUAGGUAUACCAAGCAUAUAACAUUGUGUUGGCUUAGAGUGUUGCGAUCGCUGUUAUUCAAAUGUUUGGCUAUAGUCACGUUCUUUAGCCGACUAUAUCGUAGUAGGUAAAGAAAUUUAAUAAGCGAAGAAUUUUAAGUGGAAGAAGGGCGAAGUAAAAGUGCUCAGAGGGUGGUACUGUGACUUUACAGUUCUUUAUUAUUUUGUGAGGGCAGUGGUGUGAAAUCAAAGCUGGUUAUUUUGUGCAGUGAUUUCUCGUAAUUUUUGGAAUUAUAGAAAACUGAAUAGAAAUUAUAAUAUGAAUUAGAUUAAACCGAAAAAAAUAAUAGGAAUAUAUAAUAAAUAGUGCAGUUCUAGUGAUGGCAAUCACAAAGGUCGUCGAGCAAUGGGAAAAGGAGCUAGUAAAUUAAAGAGAAAAUCUAGUAUUCAGAAUCUAACCUGGAGCAAAUUUGGCUCCCUUCCUUUACGUUCAAAUAAAUCUCGUUUAAGAAAAGAAAACGCCUUCCAGCCAGCUAAAAAACACAAAGAUGUAUCCGUUUGGUUGCGAGAACUCGAACUCGAGGAAUACCAAGAAUUGUUCAAGACUUAUCAGGGAGUGGAAGAUCUGCUGGAGAUGUCUGAGCAGGAUAUCAAGGAGUUGGGAGUGAAAAAAUCAUCGCACAGAGCGAGGAUAAUCAGUAGUUUGACAUAUCUACGAGCUAAAUAUCAUGAAAAUAUCAUCGUUUCGCCUAUCCGCCACAGCGUUGCAGUCGAUAGUAGAAGCAAAUUGAAACGUGACGAUACCUUAACCGACUUGAGGGUUGUGAGUGAGGCCGUUCCAAGUAAAAGUUUAAACAACUUAAUAAUGGAACCAAUAGCAGAUCCAGGUAUGAACGCGGCCGAACUCCGUAAAGCUCUCGAAUGGGAGCUCUCACUAGAUAGCAGAGAUCUCCGAUCGCACGCUUGGUAUCACGGAGCAAUCCCGAGAGUACGGGCCGAAGAAAUCGUACGAGAGGAAGGUGAAUUUCUAAUCAGAGAUUGCACUUCGCAGCCUGGUAACUACGUGCUUAGCUGCAGAACGAAAACGCAUCCCAUACACUUUGUUAUCAACAAGAUUAUUCUACAACCAGAUACAGUUUACGAAAGAGUGCAAUACCAAUUCGAAGACGAUGCAUUUGAUACAGUACCAGAUCUGAUUACCUACUACGUGGGCUCAGGGAAACCUAUAACGAUAGCUUCUGGUGCAAGAAUUCAAGUACCGAAAAAUCGAAUGUAUCCACUUUCUUUCUACGCUUCUAAGUAUCCGACGCCUUUGCCACAAAGUAGACUAACUUCUCCAGCUAGUACUCCGGUAGGUCAUCAGUAUCGCCAUAGUCCUUUACAGCCUUAUAGGCCUAGUAAUUCACCUACUAGGCCUUCAAGAGAUGGGGCUCCAAGGCUGCCUUCGAAGAAACAAAGAAGUCAGUCUUUGACGCCAUCUGAGGUGAACAGAAUAUCUCAGGAAAAGUGCAAUAGUGCUGAUGGCAUUAUCCAAUCACCUUUAAUGACCAGAUCGGCUGGAGCGGAUUCUAUUGGUCAUAAUCUUCGAUUCUCUUCACAUUCUUUACCUCGAAAUUCUUACAAUAAACUUUCGUUAUCGUCUAGUGCUAAUACAUUGGGAAGAGACUGUCGUAGUCGAGUUAAUAGUGAUAAUACCUUGUCUCCGUGUUCAGAAAGACAAUUUAUAUCCGGUAACGAUUCGGGUUUAUCUGACUCGCCUCCCCCGAAACCUUCGCGCGUUCCCAGCUUAGUAAGGACGGAAUCGAAAGAUUCUGAUGUAACAGAAGGUCGAUAUAGUGUAGAUGGUAUCACACACGGCGGUUUACAAAGAGUAACGUCUUACCACGCGUCCGGUUCCGAUUCUGGUAACGGUUCUGGUGAUUCCGCCAUGAGUUCGGUUACCGAUACCGGUGAAGUUCCUAAAUCGGGAGGUGUAAUAAUCAAAAAUCCCAGAUACAAUAUGUCCACAUCCGAAUCUUCCACUACUCUUAAAAACUUUGAAAUAGACUGUGCAUCCGCCGAGGAAAAGUUGUUUCAGAUGGCGUUGCCGGAAUGUGAUUUAUCGUCUCGUUUCGAUCUAGAAAACUUUCAAACUUUAAUGCUUCCCGUUCACGAGAACAAACCAUUAGACGCCCAGGCAUUAAGAAAGAUCAAAAUGACGCUAUUCGAAUCAGGGCCCAGGAUUUUAGCCAAUCAUCUUACUAGAACUGAUUUGGAUCUAAUAUUUGGGACACGGGAAGAGGGAAACGUCAAGUCCAAACUAACGUUAGGAAUAAAUUUGUGCGCUCUUCCGCAUGGUCAUCAAUUUCGGAUGGAUCUAAUUGAAAGGACUGAAUGUUUAAAAUUGUUAGUGGCCGUAACGAUUUUAACUUGCGCAGAUGAAUCCGAGAGAACGGACACUUUGAACAAGUGGAUAGAAAUAGCAAUAGAUACAAAAACUGCACUCGGAAAUCUUUUUGGUUUCUGUGGAAUAAUGCUGGGAUUAUGUUUACCGCAGAUUGAAAGAUUGAAUACCACGUGGCAUAUGUUACGACAAAAAUACACCGAUUCUGCCUUUAAUUUCGAAGCAAAACUCCGCCCAACAUUAAAGAACAUGAAUAGUUGCUCAAACCCCCAAGCACCGAAUACAACAAUACCCCAUUUGUUGCCCCUUAUUCUCCUUUUAGAACGAAAUUUAGAUGAUUUUCUUGCUUCUAACGAUCAAAAUCAGUUAUCCCAAAUAACUUUGGGUUUUUGGGAAUGGAAUACCCAAGAUUUUGGUAUAGGAACGCUUCUAAAUCACAUGGAGACAGCUAGAAAAUAUUUGGAAUUGUGCCCUACGUACCAAAGAAACGCCGAAAUUGUUUUAGGAGAAGCUCGAACUGAUGAACUAACUUUAGAUAUAUUCAGAACCGAGUUUCAGCUUAAAUUUCUUUGGGGAUCGAGAGGGGCUUUCGCCAAUUCAGCAGAGAGACAUUCCAAAUUCGAUCAAGUCCUGACUGUAAUGGCCGAAAAGUACUGUAAUUUUAAGAACGAAAGUGAGGUGUAGUACCAUUGUGAUCAUUUUAAUUUUAGUUAUUUAAAAUUAUAAACAAAAGCGUUGAAUGUUCUAAGCAAUCAAAAUUAGUUUCGUCAAAGAAACAAGAAACUGAUCUCGAAGGCCUUUUGAGUUCAUAAACUGAGCACUGUUUUUGUUUUGUAUAGAUUUUAUUAAAUUAUUUUUUAAAUUUAUUAUUAACGACGGUGUCCUUUCAGAGAUCGGUAAAAAUUUUCGAAAAAGAA